UCGAACGAAAAAUUAAAAGGCGUCGUGCAUAGUCGCCGUCAGUCGGACCUAGUGCGGCACCUUGUCUUCAGAACGGUCUUCAUAGCACGGUGCAGUGAACACCGUUGUUGACCCUGUCGAAGUCUUCGCGGUGUUUUUGAACUCGUUGUUUUUUUCGAGUUAUUCUUCUACACCUUGAUAACAAGCGCGAAAAUUGAUCAAAAUGAAACUGUGGCUGGCGGUCCUUCUAGUUGUACUCGUCGCAAGCUCCUCCGAAGCUAAACGCAAACGAAAAUUUGAAGGUGAUUUCGAGUUUGCUGAAGAGGAUGAAACAAAAGCACCUAAAGUGGGAACAAAAAAGAAGUGGAUCCAUGAUCCAUCAAGUGACCUUUGCCGUCCACUAAAUUGUAAGAAGAAAGAUUUAUGCUUACUUGAAGAUGCAUUCACAGCCGUCUGCGUCUCUAAGAAAGACAUAGAGAAAAAUGGGGAUAUUAUUAUUCCGAAGUCAAGUGCAUUUACAGAUGAAGUUAACAAGCGUCAUCAGGGCUCGAGAGAUGAUGAUUUCGACGACGAUAUAUUUUAUGACACUGAAGACGAUCCCGAUGACGAUUCAGAUGAAGACAGUAACGACGCUUCAACGUGUAAACCUUGUCCUGUAGUUAAGCCAACCUUCCUGUGUGGAGUUGAUAACAGAACGUACAGUUCGUUGUGUCGUCUGGAGUAUCACAAUUGCAUCCACCAGACUGCUAUCAAAGUAGUGUGUAAGGGAUUUUGCCCAUGCAAAGAUAACGACAUUCACCUGCGUAAAAAGCAGCGUCAAUCUGAACGUUUAAAUUCAUUUAUGAAUAAGUACAAAGCGACGCUGAACAAGAGCGGCGCCUCCAACGGAAAUUUAAACAGCGAGAAGCCACCCCAUCAUCUGGCCUCCCAGGAUGGAAGUGCCAUGGGGAACGGCGAGGGCGGCGUCAGCGCCAACGCCGAUAAGUACACGUUCACUCCGCAGGACUUCAAGUUCGCCAACAAGCACUACAAAUACAUCAAGUACACCAAGUACAACAAGGAUCCGAACAACUUGCUGUAUGUCGAGGAUAAGGAACGUCAGCGGGGAUUCAAUGAGGUUACCGACAACAAGAUCUACGGCAGUGUAGCGUCCGGGGAUGACGUGGGGUCAGAGACCACCCCCAACAAGCAGUGUUCCACCGUGGCGUUGCAAACCAUGGGCAACCGUCUUCUCGACUGGUUCUCUGUAGUCAUGGCCGACUCUUCAAAGAGAAGGAGGGUACACACUAAAUCUAAAGUGCAUUUCCCACCCUUAUGCAAGUUGGAGGUGCGAUGGAUGUUUCAGCACUUGGAUUUGAACGGCGACUCCCGUCUGUCUCUCGAGGAGCUCUACGACUUGGAACACGACCAAAGCGAGAUCUGCAUGAGACCGUUCCUUCAACAAUGCGACGCGGACAGGGACGUCUUUGUGACGCCGUCGGAAUGGUGCCGCUGUUUUCAAAGAACCGAACGACCCUGUGCUGCAGUCAAGCGCAAAAUCACCAUGGAAAUGCAAGGUGUUUACACCCCUUCUUGUGACAGUCAGGGCUACUACAAACCCAUGCAAUGUCACACUGCAAUAGGAAUGUGUUGGUGUGUGGAUAAACAUGGGGUGGAGUUUGCCAACACCCGCACUCAUGCAAAACCAAACUGCGAUGCAAUCAUAAAUAAAGUCAAUGAUCUGGGGAAGGUGGUGAACAGCAAUUCCGUAGACGAUAUCAGAGAUGACGAAGACGACGACGAUUCGGAUGCGGAGGGUAGUGCGGACCAUCCUGUGGAUUACUAAACUUUCUGUCCAUUCUAGCAAUUAAUUAAAUGUUGUUUAUUUCUGUAGAUUUGUGCAAACACAUGACAAAGGCAUCUGUUUUAUACUUUGAUGUUGAGAUCGUUGACUGUGGAUUUUUUUUAUAUAGGAGCUUUUUUUGUAUUGUUAAGGGUAUCUAUGUGCAAAUAGGUAUCAAAAGUGUAGUAGGCAAUAUCAUUGUGUUAAUAAAAUAUAGCUUCUAGUAGUUCGAAAACACGAAACAUUCCAAUGAAGGCUUAGCCGUCUCCGUCGGCGUCAUCGUCGUCGGUACAGUUCAAUUUUUGUUUGUGUGGUCUGUUGCCAUCUUUGUAAAAUAAGUUAAAAAGUUUUUAUUUUUUUGUAUAUAUAUAUAGAUGAUAUAGAUAUCGUAUGUUUGUUUUACAAAAGUUUACUUAACUGGUAAGGUGUACAACUUAGAGGAAAGGUGCCGAAUAUGGACCACGUACCAAACAAGAAAUGCUACCAAAGGAAAUAAAAAUGGUCUAGAAACCUGAUCCAAUCAAACCGUAAGUAUUUUAUUCAUCUCGGUAGGUAUAUAGGCAUGCAAUAGGGCGCGCUUGCAAUUCUCAAUUUUAUAAAAUAACAAAGGAAAAAAUUUUGCACAAUGUAAAAUCACAUAAAAUUUGUUUCUUCACUAAAUAUUGUGCUGUUCAAUACGCCAUAGAUAUUCAUGAGUAAAAUAUUCCCAAAGGUGAGUUUACACUGCGUAGAUAGACGAUCUAAUAACGCAGUAAAGGACAUAUGUUUUUGGAAGGUAGGAUUAGGUUGACAGAAAUUUCAUACGUGUGUUCAAAGCAAAUGGACUGUAGCGAACGUGGUGAAACGGAUGGCCAACGCAGAUCCAUAUAGAAGUCUGUUCUCGAACGGGCGAACGUUCACAAACGCAGUGCAUAACCAGCCUUAGUUUUAACGCAUUGUCUUUUAGGCUACUUGUUUGUUCGACGUUUGUGUGGAUUUGCUUCGGUCAUACGGUUCAAUGCAUUCGCUACAGACGUUCUCUCUGAACGCAAAUAUGACAUUUGUGUUGUCUCUUUCUUGGGUUUCAAAGACAGAUGUCCGUUCGCUUUAAAUACGUCGAGUUUAUGCGAACGUGUGUUUGAACUGCGUAGACAUACGAACCAAGAACGCUGUGAGGGAAUUAUCUUUAUGGAAAGUAGAAUUAAGCUGACAGAAAUAUCAUACGUAUGUUCAAAGCAAACGGAUUGUAGCGAACGUGGUGAAACGGAUAUAGAAGUCUGUUCUCGAACGGGCGAACGUUCACAAACGCAGUGCAUAACCAGCCUUAGUUUUAACGCACUGUCUUCUAGGCUCCGCCUCCCACUGCGUUCUUGGUCUGUCUGCCGAUGUAGUACAAACGCACGCGAGCGUUCGUUCGUGAAUAAAACGAUACAAUUAAUUCAGUAGAAUCAAAAACGUCCGUUUCUGAACGCAGUGCAUAAACUAGUUAAGCUUUACUGUUUAGUAAGAUGACUUUUAUUAUAUAACGUUCUUUAAUGAGCAAUUUCAGUAACAUUGUAUGUAUGAAUGUGGUUAUCAGUAUUGGUAUGAGGUGUUACAUUCCAUAUGAGGUACUUUCCUCGGAAUUAUUUAUCAUCGUACUAAAAUCUCAGUUUGUGACUAUUAAAAAAAAAUGCUACUAUAUUUACAAUUCAUAAAUUUACUUGCUAUUGUAAUUAUUAAAAACGUAUUUAAAUUGUCAAGGACUCUAGAAAUUUCGGCCUAAGUUUGCGAUACGAUUCUACCUAAUUUAUCAUGAUAUUAAACUGAGAUUUUACAAACUAAUAAUUGCAAUAUGUAAUAGUGAUAUGUUUAUAUUGUACUUAUUUAAAUUACAAGGGCUCGCGAACGGAGUUGUGCUUGUUUUACUUUAAUGUGUGUGUCGCACUAUAAUUGUAUACACUUGCAGUACUUAUUUAAGACUAAUCGUGUAAAAUUGUGAUUUAUAUUAAUAUCUAACAAUAAUUAAACAGAUCUCUUGAACUCACUUAAUAAUUACGUAAUAAUGGUUAUUUCUCUUUUCAUUCAAAUUUUCAUGAAUAUCACAUGUUUUGUUUUGAUAUAGGCACUUACAAAAUUAUUUGAUCAUAGCAUAUCAAACUUUACCAAUUCAAUUUAACCAAAUCUUUAAUUAAGUUAUAAAUUUAAACUACGUUGAUCAAUUUUAUAACUUAAAUUAAUUUUUCCACAAUUAAAUACCUAUCAGAAAAAUAUAUUGGUUCAAUUAAGAAUAUCUAACAAAGUAAUUAAUAAAAUUGGGUAAUUUAAUAAAAAUAAUUUCAUUCUCUCGAUGUACAGCCAAUAAUACAUGUUGUAAAACAUCAUAUUUUCUGUGUGAGAUUUAAAAUUGAAGAAAUACAUGAGGUACCUACAAACGCAUUGGUCGUCUACCAUUACUUUCCUUAUAGUAUUGACUAAAAUGCAUUCUAUUACUAUAGUUUCUGACUUUUCGUUGCUGUCCCGGACAGUGUAUGACUAAAGCACGUAAUUUUUUCGAUAAAUCAGUACGUCAAGAAUCAACUUCAUUGUUUUUGAAUGGGACAGUUUGACUUAAUUUAACAGUCUUUGGAAAUGCGAUUGUUACUGCAGGUGUUACUCUAAUCAUAAAAAGCAUUCCUUAAAAUUACCUCACGAUACACAGUGUGCUUAUAAUAUUUAUAUUUAUUAUUAUUGUCGUAAGUACUUGGUAUUUUCCGAAAAAAAAAA